GAUUGUAAAAACCGAAUUAUAUGCUGUGAAUUAUCUAUGACUAUGAACAAUUGUCUGUUUACGUGAAGCGAAAGUCGUCAAGUUUUUGUGGUUAAAAUAGAUUAAAAAGUAAAUUUUACUAUUGGAUGGACGGUUUUCACUUGUGGUUUACUAAAAAACCGUUAGAACGUAUGAAAGGUUCCUGAUGUUUAUCAGAAAGAAAUGUCUGAAGACAGAGUAAACGAAAUCACUUCUUCCAUCAGUUCUCUAGAAAUUCGUCCUACCACAUUUCAUCCUUUAUCAAAAUCUGUUGAUGAUUGUGAGACUGCAGAAGAAGUGGCAACCACUGAUUCGGACGAGUGCUUAACAGAAACAUUGAGGUUCCGAGACUUUCAGUGCUCUGGUGAUAGUACUUCUUCAGAUGUUACCUUAACACCUCACAGUAGUAUGACAAUUACAGAAGAAAAUGGAAAUUAUGUUUGCAAUGAUGUCCCAGGAGAAAUUCAAAUACCAAUUAUUGGAUAUGAGAUUAUGGAAGAGAGGGCAAGGUUUACAGUAUUCAAGUUAAGGAUUGAAUAUAAACAUACUGGCGAGUGCUGGUAUGUUUUUCGGCGCUAUACCGACUUUGUAAGGCUGUGCAAUAAGCUCAAGAAAUCCUUUCCACAUGUAGUGCAAUAUCUACCUCGGAAAAGAUGGCUUGGUAGUAAUUUUAAUCCUUUAUUUCUGGAAGAAAGAAUUAAUGGUUUACAAACACUUGUUAAUGCAAUUUUGAGAGAACCUGAACUAUUAAAAUUGCAACCAGUUGAAGACUUCUUUUGCCUUAAUGAACCCCCAAUUUGCUCAGAGAGUAACCAAGAAGCAAAGGCAAUGUUUGCUGCUUAUGAAGAUACAAUCUUUCAAUUAAAAGAUCAGCUUAGACAGAAAGAAUCUGUCAUUGAUUCUUUACAUGAAGCUUUACAUAGAAAUUCUUUAGAAAAUGACAAUUUAAAAAAAAUUUUGAGAGAGACUGCAAUGAAAUGUGAAUCUUGCCACAACGAAAUUCAAAAUAUUGCUAAAAAUAUAAGUAUUAAUUGCAAAACGGGUGAUAAUGGCAAAAAAAUGUCUUUUGCAUCAACAAGUUCAAGUAGUAAAUGACUUUAACGUAUAAUAAUUAUUGUUGUUGUUAUACAAUGUAACUAGCCCUUAGUUUUUAAGUUUGGGUUGCACUUAGAGGUAACUGGUGAUUAAUUAAGGUGCACCAUUUUUUUUUAUGGCUAUAGAUAAAUAUUUUUAUUAAUUUAUUUUAUUUUAACAGGGUCCUAACUAUACAUAUACUGCUGUACGUUAAAAUUUAUAAAACAAGUGCGUCAAUGUAACCCAAAAAUAUAUUUAAACUGAAGAUUAUUCAUAAUUAAAAAAGUAUUAAGAUGUCGUUACCAAAAUCUGUACAUAUCAUUUUAAAAUGUUAACGAAAAAAUAAUUUCGUUUUAAAUUUGACAUGUAUGUUUUUCGGUUUUUGUGUUUUGUGUUAUGUGUAGAAUUAAUUGGAUAUUUUAUUUCUUUCUAGUUAUUACGUUUGUAUACUACUAAUUUGAGUUAAUUUUAUUUAUUUACUCAUCUAAAAGUUAUUUUUGACUUUUCAGUUUAUGUAAUACUCUUGCCAAAAUUGGAAAUACCUACCCCAUAUUAAAAAAGUCUGUAUUUUUAUAACGUUUUGUUUUAAUUAAAUGCUUAUGAAAUGUAUGUACAUUAGGAUGAAUCUUAUCAGAAAUAAGAUUGAACCUGAGAAUUCUCAAAAAUGUUUUUUACUAAACUGUGAUGCCAAACAUUGUUAUCAAUUUAAACCAAAUUAGCAGGUAAUUACCAAAUAUGUCUGCAAAGUCAUUAAAAAUUCGAUUUUUGGUAAGGGAUUAGUGUCUAUUUCGACAAAAUUAUCAAAUAAGUAUCCUAAUUACAUACAUAAUUGAAAAUAUAAUCCACUACUUUUAUUUAUUCUUAAUAGUAGAAAUUUAAAGAAUUGUGAGCUGUUUAUUAACUACAUCUUUACAUAAUUUCCUUAGUGUGACUGAUUUUUUAUUAGAUUUUUUUUUAUGACUCCCAAUGGCACAAAUCUGUGAAUUGUUAUUUAAAUAUUAUUUAUUGAAUAUAAGUGUUUUAUUCACACGUGUUAGAGUUAAGUUUACCUGCUUAAACAAAUUUAUUUACUCACUGAAAUUAACAAAAACUAGAUCUUAAAUAAAUUAUAAGUGGUGCUCUUUAAUAAGUAAUUAACAUCAAACAUAUUUUUGUACGCAGGGCACCACGUGCAAUUUAUUUAAUUUAUAAUUUACUAGGUAAGGUUUUAAUCUUAUUCGUAUUCAGAAACUAAAUCUGAAUUAUCGUUCCCAUAUUACAAACAAAGCGAUAUAUAUAUUAUUUUAUUUACAAUUUUGACGUUAUUCAGAUUUUACUUAAUGUAUUCUAUAUAAGGUUGUGUAUGUGUUGAGUUUAAUCUGUUUCUCAAUAUUUAAAAUUCCAAAAAUAAAAAGUACAAAAUAACUACCAAAUUGAAUGCAAGUAUUUUUAAAGAUUAAAUAAUGCAAUAAUGAACAUCACUUGUUAUAACUGUGGCUUAUUAUAGUGCCUUAAAAACUAUUGUUACCUUUAAUUUUCCCUUUUAUCAUUUGCUUUAUAUUAAUUAUGUAAUUUUUAAAUCUGUACAAUAUAAAUACAUUUUACUAU